AUGCCAGCCCUAACCUACACGCAAGCCCUCAGCAUCCCGCUCCUGACAAUCCACACACCAGCGCUCGCCGUCUCAGCCCUCCUAAUGCGCCGCCACGGCCCGCGCGCCAGCUACGAGACGUGGUUCUCGCUGUUCCUGUUCAGCUUGUCGCGGCUCGCGUAUGCAAGCCUGCAGCUCGCAACCCUGGCGCACCGCCACCGCGCCAACGCGGCCUUGCGCGUCGCCGCCGCAACCCUGGCCGUCGACGGCCUGUCCCCGCUGCUGUUUGCGGCGCUGGGGCUGCUGAGGCGCCACAUGCGCGCGCUUGAUGAGGGACCCCGACCCGCCCAAGGCCAAGCAGCAGGAAAGAGGCCAAGCGUCGCGACCGCCCUCUGCCUCCUCGAAGCGCUCGUCACGGCCGCCAUGGUCUGCGCGACCGUGGGCAACGCGCGCUUGAGCCGCGCCGACGUGCUGGCCGCGGAGCCGCACUACGGCUCCCCGUACCGCGCCGCCGCCGUGUUGUAUCUUGUUGGCUUUGCGGGCGUGGUUGUGGCGGCGGGCGUUGUGGCACGGGAGCGCCAGAGCGUCGACAAGGCCGAGAGAAGGGUGCUGUGCGCGGUUGGGGUGGCGCUGCCGUUUUUGUUCGUGCGCUCGCUGUAUCUUGCGCUGGGCGUGUUGGGCGGGGUCGAGGCUUGUAAGACGGUUGGAGGGGGUGCGACGGCGUUUUUGUGCAUGGCGUUGUUGCCGGAGGCGGUCGUCGUUGUGGCGUUUUUGGGCGUGGGGGUGGGGUUGAAGGUGGGGGAGGGGGGGAAGUAG